GGGCCGCUGCUAGAACCACGGAGGUAACUGAGGUUGAAGAUAAAAAUAAGAGCUAGCUGGCUGGCUAUGCUAUCUAGGUGCCUAGGUGGUAGCUGGCUAAUGCAUUCAAUAGACCUCAAAUAGGUCACCGCUUUUGAUGAUCGGAUCACAGGACAAUCUAUGGUACCUUCGCAAAGUCUUGGUGGUGGGCGUACGGAGAACGAAGUACCGUGCCAUCUUUUGGGUUUGCGUCUGGCUUUGCUGAUUGGAACGCGCGGAUGCUUUCUUGCUGCUCGAUUUCCAUCUGGGUGCGUUUGGUUCGUUGAUCUCGGGAUUCGAGCGGGAGAGGGAGACUAGCAUUGUGUUUCGUAUCGUAUCUGCACCGACUCUGUUCACGAUCUGUUGAAGCAGAGAGGACGGGAGCUCGGUCGAAUAUUGCAUUUGAGAUCGGCAUAUAAAUAUUGAUAGCUCAAUCGAAGGAGAUUAACGGCGAGACGAUACUUCACAAUACCAUACGACACAAAGACAACGGACGGUGGUUGGAUUGAAUGGUCAGUUGGAGAAGGAAAAAGUCAAUGGGAGCUGUUUGCACCAAUCCCAAGUCCAUGGGGGAGCAAGUGGAAGAAGAAAACGGCAGAGGAGCUAGUUUACCGGAUGAGAAUGUAAAUGUUCCUGGAGACUUGAGAUAUUCGGAUAGUGGUAAUGGGGUCCCACUGGUACCGGACGACAAUGAUGAAGAGGAAAUGGAAAAUGAUGCGAUUGCUGCGAGGGAAACUGUGCAGAAGGAAAUUGAAGACCAUAGAAGACGGGCUGCGUAUACCAAAUCUGUUUUUCAUCAUGCUCAAACGGAUCGAGAUACAGUGAAUUCCACUCGUUCCCUCUACGAUUCAGACGUAGUAUAUUUACAACAACACGGUCGAGUUUAUGUAGGAGAUUACUAUAUGCCGAUUGAUGAGGAAGAACUCGAUCGUUUACGCAUCAUCCAUCAAAUAUACCUCCAGAUCUUCGACAAUGAACUUACUACCGUGCCUCUACAAUCUCCGACUCGCAUUCUCGAUAUUGGAACAGGAGCUGGUGAUUGGGCCAUGGGAAUGGGUGAUCUAUGGCCCUCGGCCGAGAUAAUAGGAACAGAUAUCGCCAAAGUUCAACCCACAGCCGUUCCCUUCAAUGUCUUUUUCGAAAUUGACGAUGCGGAAGAAGAAGGUGGAUGGACGUGGCCUGCUAAUGAAUUCGAUCUCGUGCAUUUGCGGAAUAUGGCCGGAGCAUUUAGCGAUUGGGAUCAGAUAUAUUCCGAAGCAUUUAUUCAUCUGAAACCUGGUGGGUGGAUCGAGAUUAUGGAUUUUGACGACCAUGCAGCUUUCCUUACAUUUUUCGACAAAGAUAGUCCCAUGCCCGCCCUUCUGCACGCGUUAGGAGAAGCGGCUCGAAUAUCUGGACGACCACGUGGCAUUGCACAUCUGCAGUUGGACAAGUUGAAGAAAUUGGGAUUCGUAGAUGUGGAGGUUAAGGAAUUUGCGAUUCCGAUGGGUCCUUGGCCAGACGAUAAAACGCAAAAGACGAUAGGGAAAUUAUGGUUGGUGUCAUCGAUGAGCUCGUUGGAAGCGUACACGUUGCGAUUGUUAACGAAGGCUUUGGGGUGGGAGGAAGACGAGGUUAGGAGGAGAUGUGUGGCCUGUGCAGAGGAAAUGAGGAGGGUUAGUUUGGAUGUUGAGAGGGCGAAGGGGUUGAACACUGUGGCGAGGGUUUUGGUGGGGAGAAAACCGGGGUGGGAGGUGGAUGCUGAUGCUAAUGGGGAUGAGGAAAGUGUCAGGACGGAAACUCGGACGAUUAAUGGUAAAGGGAGUAUAAAGUUGAAUGGCGAAUAAAAUUCGCUCGCACGCAUACUAUCUCGUCUACUAGUGUAGUCGGUAGUCGAACGUCUCAUUUCAUCUAUCUAUCUAUACUGUACAGACCUGAGAGGCAUCUUGUAUUUUGGUCAUGCUUAUAGUCUUCUCAUUCCGGGUGGCUUUCUCUUUUGCCGCAAGCGAGCGAGUUGUCAAGCAUGCAAGCGCGGCACUUUGAUAUUUAAAAAAAGCAUAUACUUCACUUCAUGAUUGGAAGACAAAUCACGAUCUCAAGAAUAGGCUAUGAUGGUGGGUUGGGGAAAAUUUGAUAGGGGGGGCUGUUUAUUAGCAUGGCGAGAUUUGGAUUGAGAGGAGACAAAUUUGAUGUGUAGCAUUUAGGAUUUAGGCUUUACAAUAGAUACCCAGCAAUAUGAAUCACUGUUUUUAUGUGGCUGGUUA